AUGUUGUGGUGGAAUCAAGCUUGGGGAAACGCCGUUAACCAUGUCACUUCGGCCGAGAAGCGAGGGCCAGGUAUUGCAAUCGCUCUGUCGCUGCGUAACAUUGACCAGAUCACUCGCUGGGACAGCAAACGCCUCCACUGCGAGGAGGCCAGUGAAGGGGCAGCGAGCUUGGCAGAGAAUGGCGGAGAAUGUUGGCUGGGUGGAGCUGAUACGGGAAAGCCAGUGGAAAGCCUGAUUCAAGACUCGUGGAAAUCCGAGGUGGAGCUGUUGCGCUUGUCCAUGGACAACCUGCAGGCACAGUGGCAUCCAGCCUUUCCUGGUGCUCAAACGCUCGCAUGCGUUGUGAAGGCCGAGUUGAAGCGGCUGGAACAUGAAGCCCGGGUCUGUCGUUGA